UCUGUGCCUAACUUCCUGCUGAUAAAACGCCUCUGUGUCUGUUGGAAACGCGCCCCUCCCCAGGUGGCUGGGUACGAGGCCGGGUACCUGGUGUGCCUGAUUCUGGCCCUCCUGUACAUGAUCCUCGUGCCUGUCCUGGGCGGAAUUUUCACCUGGAGGCAUUUCCAUGGGAACAGUGGAGGGAGCACCCUGUCGUCGCUGUCGUCACACCGUCAUUGGGGCAUUGCUAUGGCAACUUGCCUAGCUGCCACCACCGUCUUACUCCUGGCAGGCGUGAUUCUGGCCUUCACUACCAACAACAGAACCAGAGAGAGCAUGAAGCCCAGCCUGUACCAUUUAAGGUCCAGUCUGGGGGACAUGAGGGAUGCUCUCAAAUCGAUCCCAGAGAAACUUGAUCUAAUUGUCGAGAUGUACUCCAUACCCAAAGCGAACAUUGAAAAGCAUUUGAAUGGUGUUGGUGACGACAUUGGCCAAGCAGUCAUCGCAUCGUCUGGCACAGAACUGGAGGAGGCCCUCAGUAACCUGUCAGUCUCAGUCCAAGACGCUGUCGGGGCCAGAGAGAACCUGCAGGCUGUGCACACGCUCAGAUCGCACAUGCAGGAGAGGCAGACGCAGCUGAACGCCCAGCUGGUGCAGCUCAGACAGGGCCUGCAGGAGACCAGGGACUCAUGCCCCGACUGCGGCCUCCCCUCACCCAAUCAGCUGCGCACAGACGCCGACUACAGUAAGGUCCCUUCGGUGCAGCCCGAGCUAGAAAGGUUUCCACCUGCGGCGGAGUUCACAGGCCUGUUGGAACAGGCUAACAGUUCCUUCAAUGGAAUUCCCCAGAUUUGCAAAAACCAGAUGGCACCUUCUGUAAAAGCUCUUAUGGGUGACUGGGAGAACACCAGUACAUCACUGAAUAGUUCCAGCCAGCAGUUUCCCUCUUUGCAGUCUCUCUCAGAUGUGGUGUCUGAUGUCAGACAUGCGAUCAGCGUUUAUGAGGAAGAUAUAGACCACUACGAAUACCAAAGGUGGGCGGUGGCUGUCACGUUCUGUACUCUGAUUCUGUUCAUCGUGGUUCUCACUGCCGUGGGCCUCGCCCUGGGCCUGCCGGCGUUGUGCUGCCCUGAUUUCUGCCCCGCCCACGGCCAGGGCCAGCUGGAGCGCAUCGCCGUGACCCUGCUCCGAGUUGCAGUGCUCAUGACCCUCAUCUUCUCCUGGCUCUUCAUCAUCCUCGUCUUCAUCGCCUUGUUCUUCGGAGGAAACGUCCACACCUUGGGCUGCAGGAGCUGGAAAAGCGGGGAGAUUUUUGAGUUUUUCGACCAAUACGAUGACCUGUUCAGCAGCCUGAACAUCAGUCAGCCUGACAACAGCUCCACCCCUUCACUGAACCUGAGCACAGCUGAAAUUUACUCUGGCUGUAAGACCGGGCAGUCUCUCUUCCACUCCAUGCAGUUCAGGCAGAUGUUUGACAUGGACGACUUCCUCAAUGUCAGCAAGUACAUGGUGGGAUUCAGGCAGCAUAUCCACAACAUUUCCGUAAACCUGGAGAACUUCCAGCUGCUGCCCUCAGAAGGGACGAGGAACAUGCAACGCUUCAGAGACAGCGGCAUCGACAGCAUCAGCUACGCUGCAUUUGGCAUUCUGUUGAGCAGGCCAGUGAUGAAGACAGACCUCACAGCGUUGGCAGAACAGCUGGACGUGGCAGCACAAACACAAACAAAUGAGAGCAUAAGGAAUGACCUGAAGAGCAAGGCCAGUAAGACCAGGGAAGUGAAUAAACUGGCCCAGCAGCAGGAACAGGAUGCCGAAACGAUGAACACAAGUGUGAACGCCCUGUCAAUGAUCAGUGCGCACUUCAAGGCUAACAUAAACAAAGCCCUGGACAGCAUUGGGCUAAUGCAACAGAGACUACAGAAACCUGUGCCAAGCAUCGUGAGAAAUGUUUCUCAGUGCAUUCUGCGCAAGGGGGAGAUGUAUCUGGACCAGUACCUGGACUGGGCGCGUCACACGAUUAUAAAUGAAAUUCUGGAAUGCCAAUGGCUGCCUAUAUCACUGGAUAAUGUGUACACGUCCUCGUGUGAGAAUGUCGUCGACCCCUGGAAUGGAUUCUGGCUUUGUUUGGGCUGGUGCUGUGUGUUCCUCAUCCCCGCUGUGAUCUUCAGCCUCUUUAUUGUCAACCACCUGCGGCCCCCACAGCCUCACCUCCCCAGUGGUAAAGAUGCAUCAAGCGAGCCUGAAAAUAAAACAGGAAAGACUGAACCCAACAAUUACGUGAACCUUACGAAAAUCACGGACCUGAGCAGCUGAGAUGAGCGCCGCAGAGACCGGCGUGGUGACGGCCGGUUAAAGAAAAGACCACCACAAAACAGACAGUGUCAAAUCGCAAGAAAGAAGAUGUCCCUGGACACAAUGCAUGAAGAAACGCCGGCUGAGCUGCAAACUGCACCGUAGAAAUGUAGUAAAAUAAAUAAACUCUAUCAGUGUUUGUAUAAAUACAAAAGGGACAGUGUGAACUCUAUUAUAGUUACAAGUAUUGAGCACUUUGUUGUGCACUGGCUCAGAUACACACACAGCUCCCCAGCUGAAUCUUGGGCUAAUCCGUUCCGUACCACAUUGACCAAUCACAUCGUCCAACUCAGUAUCUACCAGCCAAUAACGUGAGCCAAAAACCUACCCACAGAAGACUGGCUUUGAUUGUGUUUAUUGUACAAGAAGCACAUUUUAAUAGCGUGGUGCUGAGUCUCCAUGGACAACAAUGAAGCUAAUUGUUUAUUAAAGUGAUUUUCGUCUAUUUUUCAUCAGUUUGGGAAACUGAUUUCCUUUUCAAGCCAUAUCUAGUAAAUCUUUGCCUCUUAACUCAUAUACACUCUCUCUACAAAUCUACCUCUGGUUAUCUGAAGAUGUUCCAUGGAAAUACCAUGCAAUUACUGUUAUUUACCUUUGGUCUGAGUUUAAAUUUACUUGUUUAUAUGAAGGCAUCAAAUGAAUACCAUUAACUGUGCAAACAAUAAAAUAUAUUUACCUCCACUGGGUUCUUCUGUCAUUGAUCCUACGCACCCUGUGGCCAUUUUAUUUUUUUAAAUUAAUGAACUCCACCACCAGCAAAGGGGAACCCUAAGUUAUUUACCUCUUUUUUUAUAUCUUCACCCAUUCUUUCUGUUAUAUAUUUUCUCAUUUCUUUUUGUGUGACUGGAUUUCAGUAAUUGUACUUAAUUUUUAUAAUACCACCAUUGUGACACCUAUUUCCAGGUUAGAGAUCUUGUAAACCAGUGAAGGUUCUAGUCAGUGUUUUCUGGAAAGUA